AUGUCUUACUACGGUGGACAACCUUACUAUCAGGAUCGCCCUCCUUAUGAGCGUCCUCCCUCCGAUAGACCUCCCUACGAGCGCCCUCCAUAUGACAGACCUCCCUAUGAUCGCCCGCCUUCCGACAGACCUCCCUACCAGGGUUCUCCCUACGAGCGACCUCCCUACCAGGGUGGCCCCCCUCCUCCAGAGCGACCUCCCUACGAAGGCGGCGAGCGUUCCUUCGAUUCUCGCCCUCCCUACGCCAGUCCCCCUCCCUCCUCCCGGCCUCCUCCGGUUCCUCCCCCUCCUCUUCCCAUGGGCUGGACCCAGGAAUGGGAGCCCAACAUGCGCCGCGCUUAUUUUGUCGAGGUCUCCACCGGCCGCUCCCAGUGGGAGCCUCCUCUAGGCGACUCCGACGGAUCUCGUGACCUGGCCGGACCCCCGGCCGAAUACUACGGUGCCCCUUCCCCUGCGCCCCCGCCGCCAGCGGGCGGAUACUACCCCCAUCAACAGGGCGAAUACUCUCCACCCCAGCAGAGCGGUGACUAUGUCGACCCCGAGCAGCAGAAGAAGGAAGAGCGGAAGAAGAUGAUGAUCGGUGCUGCCGCUGGUCUGGCCCUCGGUGUUGCUGGUGGUGCUCUGUUGAACCACGAACUGGAGGAGCACUCGGGUUCGAGCUCGGAUGAGGAGCGUGAAGGCUCCCCCGAGGCCGAAAUUUACCACGAGCGUGAAGUGUAUAUCGAGCGUGAUGUCGAGCGCGAUGAAGAGCCUGCCUACGAGCCCGAUGACUGGUAG